CACAUCGCCAGGAAUCCAACUGUGUGUUUCGCGGCCGGCCGUUGUCUACGAAUUGCGUUGAUUUCAUGUCUUUUCAGACAUCUGUGCACCAAAUAAACAGGGUACAUGUACUAGUACACUAGUGCCUAGUUGGUUGUGCGACAAGUGCUGAGUGGUCCUCAACCGUGAUACAACAAUGGAUAACGUGAAUGUUGCGAUUCGUGUCCGGCCCUUGAUACAACGGGAAAAGAAUGUGGAGGCUGAGCCACAGUGGAAAGCAGAGACGAACAAGAUUUCUCAGCUGGACAGCAGAGGCAGAGUGUCCAGGAUUUAUGCCUUUGACCGAGUUUUUAACUCUUCUGAAACAACCAACGAUGUAUACGAGGAGAUUGCUCUUCCUAUCCUGGAGAAAGCUAUGGAUGGUGUUAAUGGUACAAUCUUUGCCUACGGCCAAACGGCUAGCGGUAAGACCUACACCAUGAUGGGGGAUCGAAUGUGCCCAGGCAUCAUCCCACGUGCGGUGCAGGAUAUUUUCACUCAGAUAGACAAUACGUCAAACCGCGAGUUUCUCCUGCGAGUGAGUUACAUGGAGUUGUACAACGAGGGACUGAGUGAUCUCCUGAGUUCUGAGAAGAAGACACUACAGAUCAGGGAGAAUGAUAAAACUGUGUUUGUCCACGAUCUGACGGAGGAAGUUGUGACCAAUGUCAGCGAGGUUCUCCAGUUCUUAAAGAAAGGAGAAGCACGUCGCCACUUUGGUCAGACAGACAUGAAUGAACGUAGCAGUCGCUCACAUACAAUAUUUCGCAUGAUCAUUGAAUCAAGAGAAACAAGCCCAUCCAGGAAAUCAGUAGACACGGCAGUCAAGGUUUCCCACUUGAAUCUCGUCGACUUAGCUGGCUCGGAGAGAGCCAACGAGACUAAAGCCGACGGUAUCCGCCUGAGAGAGGCCUGUAAGAUAAACCAGAGUCUCCACGUCCUAGCCAUGGUGAUCAACAAACUGAGUCAGGGUGCGGAGUUCAUUCCCUUCAGGGACUCUAAGCUGACGAGGAUUCUACAAAUGUCCCUCGGAGGGAAUGCAAAGACGGCCAUUAUUUGCACGGUCACGCCGAUAUCUGUUGAGCAGACGCACAGUACUCUACAGUUUGCCAGCAGAGCCAAAACGAUCAAGAACAAGCCGGAGGUGAAUGAGGUAGUUUCGGACGAGGCCAUGAUGCAGCGCCAAAAAAAGGAGAUCCAAGAACUGAAGAGAAAAAUUUCAGAGCUGGAACAGCAGGGUGAGCUCUUUGAGGAGAAAACCCGCCUCCACGAGACACAAGAGCAGAAGAUUAAGAUACUGCAGAAGAUGAUCCUAGUAUCAGGCGGGGCCGGCAUAAGUGACAUCAUGCCGACCAACGAGACCACCAAAGCCAAGUAUAAGCGUCGUCAAACUUGGUGCCCCGGCAUGGCGAAUCCUCUCCCUCUCUUGAGGCCCAACAAGCCCCCAUCGGAACUGGCUUCCAACAUCCCAGAGGAGACGUUGCCAUUGUCUUCUCCAGAGAACAACACGACACAGUCGUCACAAUCCCCAGACGAGGAGAUGCGCCAGUCAGAUGCUGAUGCUUCUCCGCAGGAAUCGGUCUCCUCUGUCGAAAGUGAAGAGUUUUCCAACACGAAGCAAUUUCAGUUCUGGGAGGACAUGGAGAUGGAGAAAGAGACGGAGGACGACUUUGUUGCUGUCCCUCUCAACACGCAACGAAAGAAGAGAAAAAGACGGGAGGCACAUGUCCACUUUGCUCACUUUGGCGUGGCCACAGUGGAUGCUGAUAGUCAGACAGAGAUAAACUCUCCAAACGCUGCCGAUACACCACAGUCCGAGGCCCUCAUUGAAGCCAAUAAUGAACUGCAGGAGCAGAUUCUUGCACUUGAAGAUACAGUCUCUACUCUCAGAGAAAACAUAGCUGUCUUAUCAGAGGUGAUGGAUAGUAGGGAACUGGCCAAGCAGCAGUUGGCAGACUUAACGUCCAUGAACCAAGGGUUGGAGUCCAAGAACCUAGCGUUGGAGUCCAAUAACCAGGCGUUGGAGUCCAAUAACCAAGGGUUGGAGUCCAAGAACCAGGCGUUGGAGUCCAAGAACCAAGCGUUGGAGUCCAAGAACCAAGGGUUGGAGUCCAAGAUUCAGGAGUUAGAGGAAGGAAAUCUGAUGGUCAGUCAGCUAUCAGAUGCCCUGUGUCUCUCAGAGGAGAAAGUGGCUGCUAGUGAAAGCCGAACCCAGGAUGCAGAUCAGCAAAUCAGUACAUUGACAGAAGAUGUCAGGCUUCUGAAGGCCCAACUGGAAGAUGCGAAUCGCCUGCAGGAGUUGGCUGAAGAGAAACAGCAAGAGGCCAUGGAUCAACAGGAAAGGCUCGAAGCAGCCCUCAGUCACUCAGAACAAGAAGUAGUGUCUCUAAGGGCAACGUUAGUGGAAACCAAACUUCUCUUAGCAUCUGCGGGGGACAAAGAGGAAGAAGCUAUGGAGGUGAAGAUGCAGUUACAGUUAGACCAACAAGACAGGCUCAAAGACUCCCUUCAAAAGUCGGAGCUUGAAAUCUCUUCACUGAAGGCCCAACUGGAAGAAUAUGAAGUUCAGUUGGCAUCAUCGCUAGAAAGUGAGCAAAAAGCCUCUGAUCUGACCACACAGCAUGAUCAACUGAAAGACUUGUUUGAAAAGUCCGAGCUUGAAAUCUCUUCAUUAAAAGCCCAACUGGAAGAAUAUGAAGUUCAGUUGGCACCAUCUCUAGAGAACGAGCAGAAAAUCUUGGAUCUGACAGAACAGCACAAUCAACUGAGAAAUUUGUUUGAAAAGUCCGAGCAAGAAAAUUCUUCAUUGAAGGCUCAACUGAAAGAAAAUGAAGUUCAGUUGGCGCUAUCUCUGGAGAACGAGCAGCAAGUCUCGUAUCUGACAACAAAGCACAAUCAACUGAGAAACUUGUUUGAAAAGUCCGAGCUUGAUAUCUCUUCAUUAGAAGCCCAACUGGAAGAAUAUGAAGUUCAGUUGGCACCAUCUCUGGAGAACGAGCAGAAAAUCUCAGAUCUGACAGAACAGCACAAUCAACUGAGAAAUUUGUUUGAAAAGUCCGAGCAAGAAAACUCUUUAUUGAAAGCUCAUCUGGAAGAAAAUGAAGUUCAGUUGACGCCAUCUUUGGAGAACAAACAGCAAGUCUCAGAUCUGACAGCAGAGCAUGACCACUUGAGAAGCUUGUUUGAAAAGUCCGAGCUUGAAGUUUCUUCAUUAAAAGCUCAACUGAAAGAAAAUGGAUUGCGCUUGGCGUCAUCGCUGGAGAACGAGCAGAAAGUCUCGGAUCUGACAGAACAGCACGAUGAACUGAGAAACUUGUUUGAAAAGUCAGAGCAAGAAGUCUCUUCGUUGAAAGCCCAACUGGAAGAAAAUGAAGUUCGCUUUUUGGCGUCGUCAGUGGAAAACAAGCAUAAAGUCUUGGAUCUUACGGCACAGCACGAUCAACUGACAAGCUUGUUUGAAAAGUCCGAGCAAGAGAUCUCUUCUUUGAAAGCCCAACUGGAAGAAAACGAAGUUCGCCUGGCGUCGUCGCUAGAAAACAAGCAGAAAGUCUCGGAACUGACGGCACAGCAUGAUCAACUGAAAAACUUGUUUGAAAAGUCCAAGCAAGAAAUCGUGUCAUUAAAAGCCCAACUGGAAGACGAUGAAGUUCGCUCAGUGUCAUCGCUUCAGAAUGAGCAGAAAGUCUUGGAUCUUACGGCACAGCACGAUCAACUGAGAAAGUCGCUUGAAAAGGCCGAGCAAGAAAUCUUUGCGCUGAAAGGAGAGCUACAGGAACGUGACACUCACAUGGCAUUACUGCUGGAGAACAAAGAGGAAGUUUUCGAAUCUCAGCGUGAGCAGCAGGAGGAUAUGAAAGAUUUACUUCUAAGUAAAGAGCAGGAACUCCUUGCCUUGAAAGUUGAGAUGAAGGACAGACAAAUUCUGUUGGCAUCUACCGAGGAGAAUGCUUUACAAAUUACCCAAGUGAAAGAGCUCACUAAGGUACUCGGUGCUCGACAAGAAGAAAUUAACACCUUGAACCUCUGCCUGGUGGAGCAAGGCAAGGAAGCAGAAGAAACGAGGAACCAUCACAUCGCCAGGAUCGCUGAGCUGACUGGACUUCUUGAAGACCAAGAAGGCCAGGCUGCCUUGGCAGCAGGGCCAUCUAUGGAUCGUGUUAAGAGUGAUGAUGGAGCCAUGUCCCUUGCUGAUGAGUUGGAGGAACAAAAUUGGAAAGUCAAGGCAAGGCGGACAAAGUCUGACCUCUUGGGAUCUGUCCAACUUUGUGAAGACAUCAUGGAGGAGAAGACCAAGCUGUCCAGACAGAUGUCGCAAUUCCAAGAUGAGAUGACCAACUUAAAACAAGCGCUGAAGGCCAAGGAGGAGGAGUUCAAAGAACUUCAGGAGUUCACUGAGAUGGAGAUGACAGUUAUGAGGGAACAAGAGACCCAGUACCAGAGGGAUAUUGAUGAGUUGAGACUUGAGCUUCAGGAGAAACAGAGUACACUGGCAGUGCAGCAUCACAAAGAGAUAGAAGACCUCCAGAAGAAACUAAGUGUCAAGGAUAAGGUCUUGGAGGCGCAGUACCAACAAGACGUCGAUGAACUUCUGGAUAAACUACGACAGAAGAACCAGAAGCUUGACAACCUACAGGAACAACAGUCUGAACUUGUACGAGCAGCCGUUCUGGCCGAGCAGAAGGUGGAGCAGCUUCAGGGCCAACUGAGGGACUUGGAAGGUUGUGGUGUUGUGAAAGAAAGUGGCUACAUGGAAGGCCAAGAUCAAGCGGCUGUGCAACCGGGAAUCGACCAGCAAGUUCAAACUGAAGAGUACAAUAAGGAGUCUCCGAUUCACACAGCUGUUUCUGUGCUUGAGGAGGCCACACAGGUUUCCCCUGAAGAAUUAGGCUUGCUUGCGGAUGGAUCAUCCGCCCAGGCAGAGAUUCUUCAACAGAGGAUCGAUGAACUUGAAGUUAUUGAGGCAUCCCUAAGGCAAGAUUGCGAGACCCUGAAUGCAACCGUCAGUAGCCAAGACCAAGAGAUUGCAGUCUUGGAUGAGCUCUUAGAAGAUCUUGGGAAGGAAACGAAAGACAAUACUGAGAAUAGCGCCAAGAUUGCUGCGUUUGUUGAGAGAAUCGAGCAACUAGAAAACCAGCUACAGGAAAGAGAGCUUCCUACCACCAAAGAAAUGCCAGAUGUGGAUCAGGAGAUUCAGGUGUUGACAGAAGUCAAUGACAAUCUCUCCCAAGCUUUGACAGAGGCUGAAAGUACUUGUGAGAAUCUCAGAGCCAAAGUAGUGGGUCUAGAAGAAGCUUUACGACAUGAUGUUACCAGCAAGAGAGACUUGGAUUCGUCCAAAGAAAAAGACCUCUUGAAUCUUAGAGAAGAGCUAGAUGCAUUGAAGGAAGUAAAUGUAUGUUUGUCGGAGAAACUAACUCGCACACAAGAGCUCUGUGAGAAGCUGGAAGGGAAGCUGCUUCAGUCUUCUAGCAAUGAGAAACAACGAGAGAGUGAAGACGAAAUUUGCACUUUGACUGCAGUCAUUGAACAGCAAGGACAGGAGAUGGCCUCACAGAGAGUCAAACUAGAGGAAGAAGAAGAGAAUCUCAGGAGCAACGUUAGAGAUUUGGAGGAUCGUGUUGCUAGUUUGACACGAGAGAACCAGUCGUUGGUCGAGAGGAUCGUUUCGGAAGCAUCCAAGCAUGAUCAGUCCUGUGAAGACAUCAAAAUCAAAGACAUCUUACUGGCAGAGCAGCUAAACAAACUGACAACACUUUCUGAACAUCUUGCGAUGAUAGAGGAAGAGUUACACAGUAGAACAGUCCAAGUGCAGGAGUUGGAAGCUGCUCUAGCUUCACAGAGCAGCCAGUCUGCAGAGGCGGCUGAGAUCAUCAGAAGGCGAGACGGCGAGCUUGAGAUGCUUCGGGAAGUCUUGCAAGAGCAGGAGGAAAAUCUUGAGAGUGCGAGAAAUGAAUUCUCCCAGGAACAGUUCAGGGUAAGAGACCUUGAAAGAGAAGUGAAAUUCCUAAACGACACAAAAGGGGACCAGAUGGUUCAUGAGGGCCAGAAAGAGAGUGAAAUUCACCGUCUUCAUGGUUUACUUCAGAAUCAAGAAGAGCAUUUACGCAUCAAGGAGCAAAACCUCAUGGAAUGUUUAUCCAAGAUACAGAAUCUAGAAUCAGUUUUAGCAGCGAAUACCCACAUGAACCUGGAAAAGUCGAAAGCUGAAGCAGAGCAAAAUGUUAAAGUAUACAAGCUGCAGAAUUACCUAGAAGAGCUGGAAAACCAGUUGAGAGCCAGGGAGAUAAACUGCUCCGAGCUGGAAUCAAAAUUGCAAGACCUAGAGAGGGUGGUUGCAGCCAAUGAUCAGAAGAGGGUUGACCAGGAAGAUGUAAAACAAAAACUGGAUGCAGAGGUCACAACUUUGCAGGGCUAUCUAGAUGAGGCUGACGAAGAGCUCCAUCAAUUCAAGAACCGGUAUGCUGACCUCCAAGCGGACUUCCGAAAGCAGCAGACCAACCUCAAGAGAAUGAAAGCCGUCUUGGAAUCGAGAAGCAAAAGCACCAAGAUGCUUGAGGCAGCCGUCGCCAAACAUGAUGAAGAAAAGGGUGUUUUGCGAGCCUUGCUCGACGAGCGGAACCACACUGCCUUGAGGCAGGAGGACAGGUACAGUGACAUGCUGGCCAAGAUCCAAAACCUGGAAGGAAUCAUCGCCAGCAAGGAGCAGACGACCAAAGAGUCAGAAGAUUCACUCAAGAUUCAAGAGGCAGAGCUCCGGAGGUUGCAAGCAGCUCACUCUAGCGAUCAAGAACAGCAGGACAGGCAUCUUCAGGCGGAAAUAACGAGGAGAGAAGGGGAGAUCAUAAGUUUGCGACAACAGCUUGAGAAAGCCACGACUGACAGUGCUAAGCUUGAUGUUGAUGAGCUGGUGAAUACACAUCGGCAGGAGCUCGCUGAGAAGAACCUUUGCAUUAACCGGCUUGAGACAGACCUCCUGCGAGGCACAGAUCCAUUGGAGAGAAAGCUAGUGUCCAUGAAGGAGGAACUGAAAUACCAAGAAUCCAAGAUGCAGCAGUACAAGAAGGAGGUGGAGAAGUUGCGGAGUCAGCAAUCUCAAAGAGCUUCCAGCAGCACACCAGGGUCGGACUCUAUCGAAGAGAGGCGACCGGAAGCAACCGGUGGUUCAGGCAUCAUUGAAAGCUGUGCGAUCUUUGCAGUCAAGGCAGAGAACUAUAAAUUAACCAAAUCACUGGAGAAGACUAAAAAGGAACUGGAGUACAAAGAUCUUAAGUACCAUGAUGAAGUUACAAAGAAAACUCAUGCUGAACAAGAUGCAAGAUACUGGAAGGAAAAGGCGCGCUCCUUGGCCAGUCACCUCAAGAGGGCGCCACAGAGGAGCGAGUCAGUGACGUCCUCUCCUCUGAAGGAGCGAAACACAAACGACGUCACCGUCGCAAAGAAAUCACGACUUGACGACUCGACCGGGACCAAGUACGUUGAGAAGAUUGGUGGCCUGAAGAACUCAUCAUCAUCUGAAUCGUCAACGUCGUCAUCUUCCACAUCGAAGUCGAAGCGAGCAGACUACAACUGGCUGGGCAAAGCGAUUGCAGAGAGAGAUGCUGAAGAGAAACCUGAGGAUGACCCACAGCAGUGUGCCACGCAGUGAUGACCCACAGCAGUGUGCCACGCAGUGAUGACCCACAGCAGUGUGCCACGCAGUGAUGACACAACCAAACAGGCCUCCAAAUAACCCCUGGCACCCACGGUAGCUGCCAUAAACCUAUUCGCUUGCAGAGAGAGAUGCUGAAGAGAAACCUGAGGAUGACCCACAGCAGUGUGCUACGCAGUGACGACACAACCAAACAGGCCUCCAAAUAACCCCUGGCACCCACGGUAGCUGCCAUAAACCUAGUCGCAAAUACUGGAGCGCGCGCACAAAGCUUGGAAUUAGGUGCAUUGUGGUCUAGCUGGUGUCCAAAUUUGAUCCAUAUCUAUCCCAUAAUGCACCUCAUUCAACAGUCUGCACUUGCGCAAUGGUAUUGGCGAAAAUUUCUGUGGUGCUUUUGCUGUAGUGCCCUGGCAAUACAAUUUUAAAUUUUUCUCGUAGAAGUGCCCCUUAUAUCGGGGGGAAAUUGCUGUACCCCUUCAAGAGCAAGGCUCAAGGCCUGACCCAAGUCUUUGUUAUAACAGGGGUUUGAGGUGUUAUGGUCGGUGUCUCAAUGUGGACAUUACUGUGGAUUUCCAGCGGUAUCUCAAAAACUUGAACACCUUUUGAAACUAAAUUAUUCACAGGUUAGUUUCACAUGGAUGAUUGAACCAAUCAAAUAGAUACCAAAAACCAAGGGUAUACUUUGCCUUUAAAGCCAUUAUACACUUUCGGUACAGAAAAAACCCAAAAAGUUCACAGAUUAACAAAUA